UCCCUCCAAAAGCGCGCGUGCAUUGGCAACAUUGUUUUUUGGUAGUUUACAAAUAAAAUGGCCGAUAUGUGAAGAUAUUUUGUAUGAAGAAUAAAAUAUGUGAUUGCAGAAAAUUAAUGACCAUCGGCCACUCGCGUCAGUGAUUUAAUGUAAAGCGAUAAAGUGAAAAAUCCCGUGGGAAUAACGUCGAGUGCUGGUGAGAUUGUGGGAGUGCCGUGGGAAGAAGGUGGAGGUUGUCUUUUUAGAACCGUGGACGCCGCGGGCCUCAAAGACGAGACGAAACGAGACAGAGAAUUUGCCCUAGGGGCAAAUAACGAAUAAUUUAUUUGGAAUAAAACCGGCGUGCUAACGAUUAUUAAAAAUCAAUGGGAUUAUUAAAAGAAGAAGAAUUGAGGAAUUUAACAAAAACUGUGAAAGGCACUUCUGCUAUUACUGAUACUACUACUGCUGCCAAUCGCCGCCGCUAAAACUCCUGCCUUUUUCCUCGUCGCUCAACACACGCUCUUGGAUCUUCCUUUCAGAUAAAUUUUUGCACCCUUCCUUGAAUUCAGUUCCCUAUUUAAAAAAAAACGACCUCGUGGUAUACAAUUUCUUUAUCUAUUCAUUUUAUUUUAGUGAUUUCACCUGCUACACAAUCAAGUUGCACGAGGUAUUUGCAAGUUGUUAUUCGCCUUUGAUUUUUCCACGCCACGCUCACUCGGGCGGAACUUUCAACCCUCACGCCAUCCAGGCAGAUAUGAUACCGAUAGUGAAACCCCAUCACCGAGAUACUGGAGUGUGACGGGUAUCUUUAUUUGGAGCCACUCAAGAUAUUUCCCGCCGACCAAUUUGUCGUUGUGGAGCGAGUCGGCGUGGACAAUGAAUUGACAACAGUACUAGUCAACCAAUGUUGUAUCAUUAGACGCUAAAUAUCGACUAAGGAGAAAAAUUAGACUCCAGAUUUUGUAGGCAUAAAUUCACUAAAAUGCAAGAGACGGAGGGUCCUACUUCAACAGCGGCUAGUCAGACGAGCAGUUCGAUUACCCCGCUGACGAAUAUGUGCACCACUCCUGGUAAUGCAGGCACUGGGUUCGGAUAUGCCUGGUCAUUUGGCGGACCUGGCACUGAAACACGUGAAAGCAAUCAAAAUGAUCUCACGACAAAUAUUAGUUAUGCGGUCAACAACAAUCAAGACCAGGGUUCAAGUCAAAAAAUUCAAGUGGACAUUAAACCGCCUAAAGUUGCCAAUAAUGCCCACAGACGUACAAUGUUCACAAUGAACGAGAGUUGUCAACAAACGCCGACGACGCAUCACGGCCACACUGGAGCACAUAAUCAAACGCACGUGACACACGUGCGAACCAAAAAGCAUCACGAUGUAUUCUCUUUAACAUGCGAUAAAGGCGGUUGCAAUUGUGAAGCUGCACAUCCAACAUCACAACCUUCAUUAUUUCCAAAUACACUAGUUUUUACAACCACCGAUAAGCAUGCCAUGAGUAAACAUUUUAUGACGCCAAUUGGUCCGCUUCAACUCACCGCGGAAGAGUGCAAUGAUAUCCUAAUGAAGAGGGCUGCAGCUGCCUCGAAUCAAGCGAAUACCAACAAUGUUGCGGCUAGUCAAACCGAUACCUCAACACAUUUCGGCCACGUUCUCACCCACGUGAAUACAACACAAAUUGAAACAAAGGUGAAGACCCAACAGGAUAUGGGCAGUCAGGUACGUGUGCCCAAAGAAAGACCCUAUUCAUGUUCCGAAUGUGGUAAAUCAUUUCUUCUCAAACAUCAUUUGACAACACACGCGAGAGUUCAUACUGGCGAACGGCCACAUAUUUGUGUGCAUUGUGGAAAAAGUUUCGCGCACAAACAUUGUCUUCAUACUCAUCUUCUUCUGCAUAGUGCAGAGAGACCAUAUCAGUGUCGCGAAUGUAAAAAGUCCUUCACAUUGAAACAUCAUUUAGUGACACACACUCGGGUGCAUACGCGUGAACGGCCGUUCGUUUGUCAAGAGUGUGGACGAGCAUUUCCAUUGAAACGUCAUCUAGUAACACAUAGCAAAUUCCAUUCCGGCGAACGACCCUUUGUUUGUGAGGAGUGCGGAGAAUCAUUCUCGCAAAAGGAUCAUUUGACAAUGCAUUCGCGCUUCCAUGGCAGUUUACAUCCAUUUGUUUGCCACGAUUGUGGGGCAACUUUCCAAAGGAAAUUCGAAUUGGUUAAUCAUGGACGACUUCAUGGACGUGUGCCCCAUUCUUGUAAUGUUUGUGGUAAGGAAUUUCUACAAAAGAGAACAUUGCUCGCACACAUGCGAUUGCACACGGGAGAAACGCCUUUUGCAUGCACCGUUUGUGGAGAAGCAUUCCCAAGGAAGGCAGACCUAGUCGCGCACUCUAAAAUACAUAAUAAUAAUACUGACGCUGAUGAAAAGUCACUCACUUGCAGGGAAUGCGGUUUAGGAUUCCAGAAUCGAGAGGCACUUACGUUGCAUUUAAGGUUACAUUCAGGCGAUCGAACACUAGUGACGGAUCUCUGUGGUCUAGCUGCUGCCUUCCAACAAUCACCAGGACACUUCCUCACUCCAAAUACAUCAGGAACACAUCAGGAGGAGCAUUUACAGAUAAAUGGACCGAUCGGAACACCGAGUGUGAGUCACAUGCAUGGCGCAACGCAAACAUCACCGCCAGCCGGCUCUGGACCAAAACCAAAGCCCCACGUGUGUCCCGAUUGUGGUCGUGGCUUUGCACAAAAACACGGUCUCUCACAACAUCAACGACGUCAUUCGGACGGCAGUUGUCACAUAAGGUCGCACGUUUGCGACAAAUGCGGGAAAGCCUUCUUUCAAAAGAAUCAUUUAUUACUCCAUCAACGACAACACAUGGACCCGCCACCGAGUAUACUACGUCAACAGCAACGACAAGCUGCUCAAGCUGCUGCACAAGCCCAACAAAACCAACAACAAGCGCAGCAGCAACAAGUUCAAAAUCAACAGCAACAAACGUGUACUGUUGACACAAAAUCAAUUCAAUUGCAAGCCAUACAACAGCAAGUGCAACAGCAAGUACAGCAACAGGUACAACAACAAGUUCAACAGCAACAACAACAGCAGCAACAGCAACAACAACAACAACAGCAGCAACAACAGCAGCAGCAGCAAGCUUGUGCGGUAGACACGAAAGCAAUACAAUUGAAUGUCACCAUGUGAGACGAUAUUGAGAAUAGGGAUUGGAAUAUCCCAAAUUCAGUAGCACUCGAAAAUGCGCACUCUGCUGCCACCCUCUGCACGCACUUCUCUUGUACUAACAUUACACAAUAGUUAUAUUUAUUAUCUCUAGAAAGCAAGUACGAAGUAAUCAAUUUUAUUACAAGAGUAUAUAUAUACAAAGUAUACAUAUUAUAUUCUAAUUAUGUAAGGCUUGUAACAAGAAAAUAAAAAUAACCAUAUAUUAGUGAUUUACAUAUACUUUAUAGUAUAUCAUUUAAUUAUAUUGUAAAAUGAAAUACGGGUGUAUUUCCGAAAAGCGCAUACCUCCGAUUUUAAUAAAAGUUGUUAUACUUACGUAAUUUUGUGCCCUGAUUACGAAAAUCGUAGUGAAAAUUGCCGCAAAUAAGUUUAUCAUAGUGAAAACCAUAAAAAUGUGCUUUUUUGCAUUUAACUCCAAAAAAAAUACAGAAUUUGAAAAAAUAUUCUUAACAAAAGAUCUAAGGUCUUAACAGAACACAUCUUUUUCGUAAAAUACAUUUUUGUCCAAUUGUAAUUAUUUCUCGAGAAAAACGUAAAAAAAAUUCAUAAAAUACCAUAAGAUUGCCUAAAAUACAAAUUCUAAUAAAACAGAAUUAUUCUUAAAGAAAAUCAGUGACGUUUAUGUAAUUCAGGGCGCUGAUUAAGAAAAUCAGAUUGACAAUUUGCGAAAACUAAAAUUUCAUGGUAAACACCAUAAAAUUGUUUUUUUUUUUCGCAUUUAACUCCUAAAAAAACACAGAAUUCUCGCUUUUUAGUAAUAAAAAGGGAAACUUUUUUUUAAUGUGCCUAGUGGAGAGGACACUACGUGUUCUCUCGUUGUUUGGUAAUAGAACGGGGGUCAAAUUUACUUUCUAGUUGGUACAUAAAAGAAAAACAUUAACAAGUUAUAGACAAUUUUAUGGUAUUUUAGUUGUUUGUUAAAACCUACAACUUUCGUUAGAAAACAUUUUUUGAAAUUCUGUGUUUUUUUAGGAGUUAAAUGCAAAAAAGAAAAAACAAUUUUAUGGUUUUUACCAUAAAAUUUUAAUUUUCGAAAAUUUUCAAUGUGAUUUUCUUGAUCAGCUCCCUGAAUUAUAUAAAUGUUAAUGAUUUUCUUUAAGAAUAAUUCUGUUUUAUUAGAAUUCGUAUUUUAGACAAUUUUAUGGUAUUUUAUGGUUUUUUACGUUUUUCUCGAGAACUAAUCACAAUUGGACAAAAAUGUUAAAUGCAAAAAAACCACAUUUUUAUGGUUUUCACCAUGAUAAACUUAUUUGCGCCAACUUUCACUAUGAUUUUCGUAAUCAGGGCACAAAUACCAACUUUCAUUAAAAUCGGAGGUAUGCGCUUUUCGGAAGUUUAUCCUGAAAUACUAAACAGAUUAGUUGCCUUAUCGAGAAGAAUUUUUAAAAGAAAAGUUUUAUUUUAACUGUUUGGUGAAACAUUCUUUUUUUUAAUUUUACUUUUAUUUGUAGGAUAUCAAGUUUAUAAGGUAAAAAAAUCAAUAAAAGAAGCAAAAAAGAAAGCAGCCAGUUCUGUAUUAUUGGAAUAGUUGCAUUUUUGUCGUCCUUCGAGUUGCGUAUCGGUUUUUUGUAUGUUGUUGAAUUUUUUUCGAAUGUAUUUGGCCGUGUGAAUGAUUGUUUCGUGGAAGGAUAUAGAAAACAAUGAGGAGUGGGAUUAACAGAGGGUGGCAGACACUGUGCACUUUUUUUUUUUCUUUGUAAGAGGCAUCUCGAAACCUUUUUUUUGUGAAACGUUUCAUUUGUUUACGAUUAUAAAUCGUAUAUACGAAAAUGCAACGGGUCGUCCCAGUGAUUCUUUAUGUUUUAUUUUUUUUUUUAAUUUUUUCAACGUGUUCCUUAUUCGCUUCGCAGUUUUUUCUUCGACGAGCUUGAAAUGAAGAUUUUUUCAAAAAUAAACGAUAUAUUAUAAAAAUUAACAAAAAGAGGAGAAAAAAAAAGAAGUAAAACAUUGAAUAUAUCCCUGCGCUUGUUCACUUAUUUGCGGACAAUAAUUUAUACGUGUUUUCAUUUCGAAAUUUUUAUCUGUCGUUUUUUUAAAGUUUUAUUAAUUAUUAAAAACUUUGGCUUUCUCUUGAUAUUUGAAAUAAGUGGAAAUUUAUUUUUCAAAAAAAGAGGGAAAAUUUUAAUAAUUAUGUUUGUUAAUAGAAUUUAUAUAUUUGACAAGGUUUUUCGUUUCCAUUUACUUUGAUAGUAUUUUCAACGUAAAUUUUCGCUUAUUUAAAUUGAAAGAGUUGUUUUCUUUUUCAAAAUCUUCGCAUUUUGCUCUGAAGUGAAUUAUAUUUGUACAAUUUAUUUCCCCGUGACUUUGAAAUAGUCUUGGAUAAAAAGGAUGAACAUUUAUUUUUUUGAAUAGUUUAUGUACAUUUUCAAAGAAAGAGAAUUAUAUUUGAAGAGUGGGGAUUUUUUUUUUGUAUUAUAUUUAGAGAAAAAUUUAUUAUGUGUCGCAUAAAAAUUUUAUUGUUAAUUUUUGUACAAUGUUCGGUUAACAUUUUGCUUUUUGAAUUUAUAUCGUUUUUCAAUUAAUGAUAUAUUUUGGUGUAAUGUUAACUUUAUAUUGUAUAGACUUAUAUAAAUGAUAUUGAAAAUAGUAAUAAUAUGGAAAAUUGAAAUAAUAUUGAAUAUAAAGAUAAUAUUGAAAAAAUAAUAUUGAAAAAAUAAUAUUGAAAAAAAUAAUAUUGAAAAUAGUGAAACAGAAAAUAUUAUUAAAAGACUAACGAACAAGAAAAAUAUGGAUAAUGAUUUACCUGGAACAAUUAAAUGUUUCACUAGGAUAGUUUUGCUACUUUUGAAAAAUAUAUAAUUGUUUUAGGAUAAAAAUAUUUUUUUUGCCUGUUCAGAUAAAUGAAAAUACUGGAAAUUUACUGGCCAAUAAUAACUGUAUUUGUAUAUAUAGUGAAAACUUGAUAAAAAGCUCUUCUUACUUUAAUCUUUCUGAGUCUACGAAUUCUUGUUUUUAAAACUAACGUCCGAUAUUUAUUUGUAUUUUAUUUUUCUACAAAGAACACUGACCGUUUUCAUAAAUAUUAUGUAAAUGAAAGUCAACAAUGGUCAAUGUGCCAUUAAUUAAUUAUUAUUAGUUGUAAUAUUCAAUUUUUAAAAAUAGAAUCAAAUAUAAUUAAAUUCUUUCUCCUGAAAAUAAUUUUUUUCAAAAAAAAAAGAAAUUAUUUAAAUUUGAUUCUAUAUAAUAAAAAAGAGGGGCCAUAUUUAUCUAAAAUAACAAUAAAUUUCAUUUAUAUUCUUUUUUUCAAAAUUUUUCCGAUUUUCUUUUUAUCCAAGUCUAUCGAAUUUUAGUAGCCAUUGACCUUGACUUAUUAGUUGUACAUUUUUUUUUAAUUUCACUAUAAUAAUAAUAAUUAUUAAUAAUAAAAGAACGGGUGUAUGAAUACGAGAGAACCCCCUUUUUACGUAUUCUACAAUUGCGUAGUAAGUAUAUAAAUAUAUACAUAUAUUAUAUGCAAAUCUCUGGCGCUGUGCUUGUACAAAAAGGCGUGAGAUUCACAAGACGAUCAAUUGAUAGUAUGACAUAGCGUUAUUCUGUUGUAUUUCAUUUAUCUGAUAAAUAAAUAAAGUUUGUUUCUUAA